UGACAAUUGUUAACUUUGCCCUUUCUCCUCAUGGCGAUGUCCUUUACGUGCACAAGUGAAUUAAAAUAAAUCAGGAACGUUGUAUAAAAAUGAAUAUAAAAGAAUAUAUGCGAUGGAACAAAAGGUUUUCUCUGGUAUAUGCUUUCGGCGUUUGGAGUAUGAUCGGUACCUAUGCGCUUUAUCACUACAAAAAGAAGAGAGAGAAAGCCGCAAAGAUCCAAGAAAAAGGUGUAGAAGAAGAGUUACAAGAAGAUAUUUUACCACUUGAGUCAAAGGCAGAAGAAAGAAAACCAGGCUUUCAUGCUGGGCAUUCCAUUGCUUACAAAGACAAUUUUGUGCCUUACUCAACAAGAAUUUACAAUUUUGUAAAUCCAUUGUUCCGUUCAAGCCCUGAUACAACAUCUACAAGAACUUCUGAGGACAAAUAAAGCAAGUGAUUAAAGCAAUGUAUUGUCUUGUUUCACCAUAUUGGUUGACCGUUCUGCAAUAUCUGAGUAUCUCAUCGUGUAGACCCUGAGCCAAUAACAGACAUUUUUAUCAUGUGCAAGAAGUAAUUGUUACAAAGUUAUUUAGCCUAAAACUUUAUUUUAUUUAUAAUGAAGGGACAAUAAAAAGUGUCCUAUAUCAAUA